AUGCCAGUGCAGACCAGCCCAUCGUCCUUUCCGGACUCAUUUCCGUCUUUCAUGUCGGUGUUUGGCGGUCCCCUCCCACGAUACAAAGAAGAAGCAACCAUUCAUUCUCUCCAAUAUCCAACCCAUGUCCCUGUCAAUACACGUCUACUUCCUUCCCCCCACCGUGAAAGUGUUUCGUCCAUGACCUCGGCAUCAACCGAGUCCUCCCCGACUACAACCAUCUCGCCCUUUGAUUCGCCCGGCGGGGGUGAUAUCUCUCCGAGCUCCUCCCCAGAAUCUCCCUCCGCCAUGCCCGUCUCAUACCCAAAGUUCAUGCCAUCCACACGGCCCGUGGAACUGCCUCCGCGCCUUGCGCCUGUCGGUGAACCGCGCCUGUCGCCCUCCACUCUGUCACCGCCCACCCCUCAUAUUACGCGCCCAGACUCCCCAAAUCGGCGGGCGCGUAAUCUUAAGAACUUGUCAUUGCGAAUGCCGCCCCCAUCUCACUCUCUCCCACCUAUCGCUACUUCAUCAGUGACAGAGACAACCUCAAAACACCACUUUGAUGCCCCGCCAGCUCUCGUCCCGAUCGCUCCCAAGAACACGAAGCGUCGCGCCGCCAAUCUCACCAUCCAGACCCCCACAUUCAAUAAACCAUUCUCUAGUAUUUCUACUGAUGCCGUACCCCCAACUCCAUCUCUGCGCCACGCAGAAUCAUCGCCAUCGCUAGUAUCGAUUACAUCGCCCUCAUUCGCUCCACGGGGUGGCAUGCAGCUUCCCCGGCUAAUGUCACCUCCUGGUAUGCGCCGCUUGUCUAGCGCAUCGUCUGAGGAUGCGGUGUCGCCUGUCACCUUAAAGCCGGUUGAUGGAUCUGGCUUCUCUCGCCGUGUUCUUCAUGGCCUAGAAGAAGAGGAUGACCGCCCGGACUCGCGCGAGUCAACCCGCAAGAAGGAUCGUGGCUACCCAGAUGGGCCUAUUCGGAUUCACGACUCUGGUGUCUACCUUUAUCUAGAACCAACAGCAGAAGAAGCAUCCAAAUUCGACGUGGUUAUCAACGUCGCCAAGGAAGUGGUGAAUCCGUUCAGUACUACCAAGGAGGAGCGGAAUGAUACGGUGAUGAGCACAUGGCGGAACGCCUCUAUGGCCUCGAAACGCUUCUCCCGUGGCGAGCCCCAGACGGCGAUUUCAGAGAUCUCCUUUAAGUCUGCCUGGGAAUUCCAGCCUUCGGAUUCUGAGCCGCCAACCCCUACUGUCUCAAGUCCUACAAGUCUAGGCCCGGAGUACCUUCAUGUUGGUUGGGACCACAACUCCGAAAUUCUCGAAGACUUGCUCCCUCUUUGUGAGCUGAUCGACGACCGGAUCGCUGAAGGAAAGAAGGUCCUUGUGCAUUGCCAGCUGGGCGCUAGCCGCUCAGCCUCGCUGGUGAUUGCCUACGGAUUGUACAAAAACAGACACCUGGAUUUCAACUCGAUGUACGAAGCAGUCAAGGGACGCAGCCAGUGGGUUGGCCCGAACAUGAGUCUCAUCUAUCAGCUGACAGACUUCCGCGCCAAAUUGCUGCGGGGAUCUACAUCGAAGCCCCCACCUCAGGAGUGGUUCGUCCAAACCGGCCGACGAAGUUCAGAGCCCCAGGUUGCACGAGCUGAGCGUCCAGCGUCCAAUGAAUCCAGUCGACCGCCCUUCCGUGGAAUGUCGCAGGCACCUUCAAUUAGCUGCCUGUCCAUCCCAGAAACAAAGCCGAUGCGUCCUACUACGAGCGACAGCGGUAGCUACACCAAAUUCAAGUCCUACUCGCCCAAGCGAAGCCUGUCCCCUCUCCCCCUCCCAUUCCGACAGAAGUUCCAGUCCGUGGAGCCUGUCUCGGGUCGGCCACGAGGGUUGCCGCGCAGCGUUAGCAGCUGUGACCCGCUCGUUCAGACUCAUGUGUUUGUACGUGAUGCCCCAGACUCUGGUGUGUUUUCGCCGAGGAUGAGUGAAUUCCUCUCGCCAGCUCCUAUGGCACCACCAUCAUUUUACCGGAUUGAUCGCUCCGCAGGCCUGCGUGCACCUUCCAUUCCUUAUGCCAGGCGGUCUGCCAUCGAGCCAGCAGACCCCCGUUCACCUCCAUCCGGCGGUGAGCCCCUGAUCAUGAGAUCCAUUGAUGAAUUCUUGUGA